UUUCUCACCUCGACUCCUAAUACCAGUCGCUCGACGUCUCUCAAGCAUUGACCUCUCCGUUAAUCGUUUGGUUCACACCAUUUCAUAUGUUGUCUGUAUGCCCAACAUGCGGCUUUCUCGACCUCUGUGAUCAGAAGAGUGAUCGUAAUCAUGAUUUUCUAAAUAUCGUGCCCAAUUACCCUGUCCCGUUGUCGUCUGCUGAUCGUCAAUGGUUACAUGCGGACAUCAUCGACCUAGAGAACGACAUUGCAAUCCUCGAGCAUCAAAUCCAACGUUUGGGAGCAUCUCUCUCCAGCCUCCGUCAAGCACGGAAGAGGAAAGAAUCCCAGAUAGAAAGUCGGAAGUCACGCAUGGCGCCAGUAUGGUCUCUGCCUGCGGAGAUAAUUGCCGAAAUCAUUACUCUCACAGCGAGUGAUGACAACAGUGAUAGCCUAGACACCCGACAUAGCAUGCCUUGGGUUUUGAGCCAUGUGUGUCAUCUUUGGCGAAACGUUGCUUUGUCCACUUCGGCGCCUUGGUCGCGGUUAUACAUCGAUGAUACGAGAGGUCGGGACUAUCCUUUCGCCCCAGAGCUUCUCCAAACAUAUCUUGAUCGUUCGAAGGAAAUCCCGUUAUCCGUUACUAUCAAUUCUUCUAACAAUAUCGAUGACAUUCGCGAGCGCCUCACUCCCCAUCAGUCCCGGCUGCAUACGCUAGAGCUGAACCUCUGCCUUCCAGGAUUGAAGGCCCUGUCCGUGCUGGUGGCGAACUUUCCAAAACUGACUAUACUCCGUCUGUCAGUUGAGGGCACGAACAUAGGCCCUUGCGCGCCCUGUCGACGCGUUUCUUCAUGCACACCUCUUGAAGGACGUGUAUCUCGAAGGAAUUGGGAUAUCUCACGUUGGGGUGCCGUUGAAGCAGUUGAUGAGGUUCACUGGAGACAUUUUUCGCGUCGAAGACUAUUUUGCUCUUCAAAGACGGUUUAGAGCUUGCCGAGGUGGAGCUUUGGAUGCGGUGUCCGAUGGAGCUCUCGCAUUUCCCACUACCAUCCAGCGGACCGUUAUGGCAUACCCGACUUUCUCGGCUGUCGUUGUACACGGACAUCCCGUGCUUGAGAUUUAUCCGUCUUCCGGCGUUGCAGCAUUUCAGGAUCGAAAAGAGGAAGGACAACACUGAAGUCACUUCUUUUGAGAUGAGCUCGGAUAUCGAUGUUUUCCUCCGAGAGUCUCAAUGCCCGCUGGAAACUCUUCUACUUGAGGUCCCGCCUCUUCAUUAUACAUCCUUAUCAUCGAUACUGGAAGCAUGCGCAACUACGCUGACUACGUUGUCCCUUCGAGUGGACGUGGUUGGAGCCAGAGAUGUAUAUAAUGCUCUGGCUUUUGAUGGAGUAACUUGCCUCGCUCCAAGAGUUGAUAAUUUAGCUCUUCGAGACGAUAGUUUCUCCUUCGAAGGGAAGGGAGAGGGGGAAGGUAUUGAUUGGUCGUU